AUGCAAGCACUGAAAAAGGUAUGACUUAAUUCUUUCUUCACUUUAAAAAUGGCGUUCGCCUAGACUACGAAUCUGACUGGCUUGGCGGUGGCCAAGGCUCCCCAUAAGGCAGGUGUCCAUCUUGUUUUCUAACGGUUAUUUUAGUCACUGAAAGCUGUUUACUCGCGUAUACUGACUGUGCUUCAGAUGAUGCCAUCAACCGCCUUUUACCGGACGCAUACAGAAAAGUUAGUAACUGAGCGCCUAAAGAUGGUGGAAAGCGUAGGAGAUAUUUCCUUUUAAUGGCUUUCCCUAGACACCGAAUAUUGCUGACCUGGAAAAGAAGAUUGACUGCGGCCAAAUAGAGGAGGUCAUUGUGCAGGUGCGUAUCGCUGAGGUUGGCCAAUUCCGGAAUUCGCUUUGUUUCAAAACCCAUUCGCAAUGUUUGCCUCUGUUAUGAGUCAUCAAGUAACUGUUGACACUGACCGCUACCAAAGUCGGUUAUGGUGUAUGGGAGGGGUAAACAUCUUGGUGGAUUGGCUUGUCUCAUGGAGUGUUCGUUCCGCUCUGCCUUCGCCUGACCCCCAACUCUCCGGGCCUGCGCUUGCUGCGUCAUACCAUUCUGGUGACCACCUGACCAAAUCAGAUUAGAGUAACUGACGUGUCUCUGCGGCGCUGAGUUUGUCUGUGAGGUCUGGUUCGCUCAUUAGAGCUGAGUGAACCAUCUUGGAGAUCUGGACGGGGAUUGGGUGCCAGCUUAGCCACUUCAUCCCAACGCAUAUGCAGUCGUCAUUUUCCUGGGGGUCGACGGGGGUAUGGAAUGAGAGAUGGCGGUCGAUGGUCCGUACUUCUUCGUUAAUCCGCCCGAAUCUUACUGCUGUCUAUCUCAGUCUUGUGGUUCACAUCGAUGUAUGAACUGUCACGAGUUGGUAAUGAUAUCUUUUGUCCAACUUCUGGAUUUUGUUUGCUUCUCCUACAUGUCCGGUUUUGUUUCCUUACUUUAUCAGCAGUAUUUUUUUUAAUUCACCUACCCUAACUGUCUCUAUGAGUCUUUGUCACUUCUCCUGUUUUAGGCCAACCGCGAGUACGAACUUGCCAAGAAUAUGCUGAAAUGGAAGCCCUGGGAACCGCUUGUAGCGGAACCGCCUGCUAAUCAAUGGAAAUGGCCCAUAUAG